AUGAAGACUGUACUUUUCUUGGCUGCACUUGCAGCAGUUGCUCUCUGUGUUGUUCUUCCAAAACAGCGUAGCUCAUUGGGAUGUCAAAUGUGUGAGCUUGCUGUCAAAACUUAUGAAGGAUCUGCUGAUAAGGAUGUCACUUCCAUCAAGAAAGAUUUUGAUGCUGAGUGCAAGAAGUUGUUCCACGCUAUUCCAUUUGGAACCACCGAAUGCGAUCACUACGUUAACGAGAAGUUGGACCCAAUCAUCAAGGAGCUCGAGAGCGGAACUGCGCCAAAGGACGUCUGCACCAAGCUUCACGAAUGUUCUUAA